GUCUCUUGACGCGGUCGCGUCGCAGUGCAUUUAGUGGUUGUGCGCGAGUUGCGUGCGAUGGGGGCGGGACGCGACGCGGAGCGUAUGAGUGGAGACGCGCGUUCGGUUGUCCGCUGAAUCACGGGGAACGUGGAUUAAUUCCUGCGCCCGAUGAGGCCGUCGUCGUGACGGGAUCGAGUCGUUCGUCCGGCCUCCCUCGGUCGCGCGUCGCGAUCGACGGUAAUCCGCGAGCGACGAGAGCCUCGAAGGGCGAGAGACAAUGGCGACCACCAAGAGCCACCCCGCAGGCGGCCGUUCGUCGAGCUGCCUGCGCAAGUACCGGCUGAUCUUCGCCUUCGGCAUCACCGUGUUGUGCGUCCAGGUCUACCUGCACACGUUCUUCGGCCUGGACAGCGACAAGGGCAAGUCCAGCCGACUGUCGUCCGGAGAGGGUGGUUCCUCGCAACCUGAGGAGGACGAGGGCCUGCCGAAGGGCUCGCGUCAACUGAAACUACCACCCGACAAGCGAGCGAAUUCCAACAGGCAAACUCAGCCGCAGUCCCAGCUGAGAAAUCGCACCGCCAGAAUCAAGCUAGAUCGCAAGUCGUUGAACUUCACGCCCGCGUGCGAGGUUACGGUCCGGGAGGCGGUGAGCGCUGUGACGCGCGCCCAGAGCCAGGCGUGCAAGCAGCGCAUUGUCAAUGUGACGUGCCUUAGCCAGCAGGGUUCGUUGUACCCGGAAAGAGUACAAUCCUCGUGUCCCCGUUCCCCAGGUUUCACAGGCAUGCCGAUCAACCUGGGCUGCUUCAAGGACGACAAGACGUUGCGGGCGCUCUCCGGUUACUAUCACGUCUUCAAAGGGAACAAUACGCCCGAGCGUUGCGCUUACAUGUGUCUUCAAUCGGGAUUUCCGUACGCUGGUACAGAGUACUCGGUAGAAUGUUUUUGCGGAAUGGAGGAGCCGCUGCAGACGAAACGGUUACCAGAUUCCAGCUGCAACAUGAAGUGUUCCGGCAAUCCGAGACAGACGUGCGGUGGUUAUUUAACGAUUAACAUAUAUUGGACUGGAAUUCAAAAAUUCAAGGCCCAAGAGGCGAGAAACUCGAGUUUAAGAAACGAACACGAGCAACCGGUGCGAAUAGCUUAUCUGCUGACGGUGAAUGGUAGAGCGAGUCGACAAGUGAAACGACUUAUCAGUAUUUUAUAUCAUCCUUCGCAUUUAUUUUAUAUCCACGUUGACGCGAGGCAGGAUUAUUUGUAUCGCGAAAUGUUGGAACUGGAGAAAUCGUGUAAAUUAAAUAAUAUCAAAGUGGCAAAGGGGGAGGGCUUGCGACACGCGAGUAUUUGGGGUGGCGCGAGUCUCUUGACGACAUUUUUAAAGUCCGCACAACAGAUGCUCGCCUAUCAUCAGCAUUGGGAUUUUCUCGUAAAUCUAUCGGAAUCCGACUUCCCCUUGAAAAGCAAUAGUCAGCUGACCGAGUUUCUCAGUUGGAACAAAGGUAUGAACUUCGCGAAGUCGCACGGAAGGGAAGUUCAGCGUUUCAUAGCCAAGCAGGGUUUAGACAAGACCUUCGUCGAAUGCGAGGCACGCAUGUGGCGAAUCGGCGAUCGAAAGUUACCAAAUGGUAUUCAAAUCGACGGUGGUAGCGACUGGUUUGCUCUGAGCCGAGACUUCGUCGAGUACGUCGCGGAUCCGAAUCCCGAUCAGCUGGUAGCCAAUCUCUUAAAACUGUUCAAAUACACCUUGCUGCCGGCCGAGUCGUUCUUCCACACGGUCAUGAGAAAUUCACGCUUCUGCAAUACUUACAUAGACAAUAAUCUGCACAUGACUAACUGGAAGAGGAAGUUGGGCUGCAAGUGCCAGUACAAGGCCGUGGUGGAUUGGUGCGGGUGCAGCCCGAACGAUUUCAAACUCGAGGAUUUCAACCGGCUGCGGAACACGGUGGAUCGCAACAUAUUCUUCGCCCGUAAAUUCGAGCCCGUCAUCGAUCACAGAAUCAUAAAUCGCGUGGAGGAAUGGCUGUAUCCCGAUCGUAUAAACAAGACGACGAGAUCGCGGGGCUACGACAUGUACUGGCAAAGUCUUUAUCACCACGCGGACCUGAGUCCACUGCCGGACGACGCGUUGCUGACGCUCUCGUACUCCUUGGCGCGAUUGGUCUACCGCAAACUGAACAUGGAUCACAAGAGUGUCCGCUUGUUGGAAAACACCGCGUACUUUCGCGAGAAUCGUUUCGCCGGUGUUCUAAUUCUGACGGAGAGCAAAGAAGAGCUCUCCGACGUAUCCGCACUGCCCAACAGUCGCGCGAGACGCGUGGAGGUUUUGAUCUCUCUGCGACACAAUUUUUCCGCUAGUAGAUCGUGGCUAGGGAAGAUACGAAGUCUCUCCGUUAGCACGGAUUACGAUCAGAAGGAGCAGACGUUCAGAAACUUCAUGGGCAGUAUAGGGCCGUACUCGACUCCGGUCUUGGCUUACGAGUUCGACGCGGGUGUCACGAUACCGCAGAACGUGUCAGUCCUGUGGAUCGAUCCGCACGGCCGUCUCGCCGACGUGAAUCACAUGCUGCUCGAAGAGAUGAGCUUGGUGGGACAUGUUAAGCCGCAGCUGAACGAACAAUUAGCCGUUGGUACUUGGCGACUGUUAUUGGUCGCCGACACUCAACUAAUAGCGAAAUUGAAAUUCCUAGUAAUUCCGCUGUCCUACUGGAAGACCAAGAGGAUAGACUUGGAGAAGGCGAAGGAGAUAGUAGACGGUCCGAGCAUCGUCUAUCAUAUUACAGAGGAGAUGAACAAAAGCUGGUCGAAGCUGGUGAAAUCCGUGAUAGCGAACGAGCAAAUUACGCACAGUCAGAACAGAAUCGGCGAGGAUCUCGACGACUGGCUGGACAGACUGGUAUACGAGCACUACGAGAUCAACGAGAUGUGCGACGCCGACGAUGAGACUCGGUCCGGAUCGAAGCUACAAAAAUGUCUCGAUACCCCUUGGAGCUCUCUGAGCCCCGAUUCAAAGGCUGAUACUCGUAACCUAUGUCAAAACUACUAAUUAAUUAUUUUACCGACUACGUGCCAUUUUUCGCCGUUUUGAAACCUAUUGUACGUGUAUAAAGAUUGCGAGGCAUCUUUAGAUAUUUUUAUAUCGAUUAAAUUGUACAUAUAUAUACUACGUAUUUAUAAGAAGAAAAGUAUAUAUAUAUAAAUAUAUGUAUACAUAAAUUUUUGGUAUAUGUUGUGUGAUUAAUAUUUCUGUCGGAUAUUUUCACAUUAAAGAUUAAUGGAUUAUAUUGAUAAGGUGGGGUGUCGUUUUCUUUGUAUCUUAAGGAAAUACCGAGAGAGAUAUUUUAUUUAAAAAAUUCUUGGAUUGUGCUAUUAUUUGGUGAUACAACGUAAUAAUUUAUUGUACAUUUCAUCAAGGCAAAAGGAUGGUAGUUGUAAUUAAUUUAAAAAAGGUACAGUUAAAUACGUUAUUGUUAUACUAUUAUUAUUAUAUUGUUAUACGUUU